GUUGAACAAUGGGCACAUAUAAACAACACCGAUUUCCUUUACAUUUUGAUCUUUCAAACAUCAAAAUCGCUAUCAAUUUGUGCUCUUUAAUCUCCUACAAUGGCGUCGAAAGGGAGAUUCUACCCUCGAGGUUCUUCUCGAAAAUCGUCAUCGUCAACGCUCCUCUUUUCAGUACUCAUCAUCUGUGCAUUCUUUGUUUUAAUCCUUCUUGCAUAUGUAACUCUUUCGAUUCCGAAAACUCCAUCUGAUUCUCCGAAAGCUCAUGAAGUCAAUUCCAUCGUUCAUGAUUCUUCUACUGUUGAAAGGAGGGAGGACAUCGAGGAAAGAGCUGAUCAAUGGGUUGAAGUGAUUUCAUGGGAGCCUAGAGCUGUUAUUUAUCAUAAUUUCUUGUCCCAGGAUGAAUGCAAUCAUCUGAUUAAUCUUGCUACACCUCAUAUGGAAAAGUCAACUGUUGUUGAUAACGAAACGGGCAAGAGUAAAGACAGCAGGGUGCGUACAAGUUCUGGAACAUUUCUAGCCCGAGAACUCGAUGAAACAGUCACUGCCAUUGAAAAAAGAAUUGCAGAUUUUACCUUUUUGCCCGUUGAAAAUGGUGAAGGACUUCAAGUUUUACAUUAUGAAGUUGGCCAGAAGUAUGAACCUCACUAUGACUACUUUCUUGAUCAGUUUAAUGCAAAAAAUGGUGGUCAACGAAUGGCUACAGUUCUCAUGUACCUGUCAGAUGUUGAAGAAGGAGGUGAGACGGUUUUCCCUGCUGCAAAGGGCAACAUUAGUGCUGUGUCAUGGUGGAAUGAACUGUCUGAAUGUGGGAAAGAAGGGUUAUCUGUUAAGCCAAAAAUGGGGGAUGCGUUGCUCUUUUGGAGCAUGAGACCCGAUGCAUCUCUAGAUUCUUCAAGUUUGCAUGGUGGAUGCCCUGUUAUUAAAGGGAACAAAUGGUCGUCUACAAAAUGGAUUCAUGUUGAGGAGUAUAUGGUUUAAUUUUGGUUCGGUUUGUUAGUAGCAAUACUUGAAUUUAUAACAAUGGUGGUUUGCUAAAUGUUGAAGAAAUAGAAUCUAUAGAAAGAAUUGAAUAUGAAGGAAUUGUGACUUGGUUAGUUGGAUAUGAAAUUGAAUU